AUGAAUUCAAAUCCGGAUGGAAAGCAUGUGAUCGUUCGCGAAGUUUGGGCUUCAAAUUUAGUCAGUGAAUUGUCUUUGAUUCGAGCUGCCAUGCCUACCAGCUGUUUUGCCUCCUUUGAUACUGAGUUUCCUGGAACAAUUAUUACUCCAGAUGUGGAUAAACGCUCUUACUCGAAGCUGUCUCCUCCAACUAAUUACAGUUUCAUGAAGGCCAACGUCGAUGAAUUGAAAAUCAUCCAAAUAGGUCUUACGCUCUCUGAUUCUGAUGGGAAUUUGACAAACUUUGGGACUCCAAAUGGAUACAUUUGGCAGUUCAAUUUCUCCGACUUUGAUGCUGAGCAUGAUUGCCAUAACGUUGAAUCCAUUCAGCUAUUUGAGAAGCAAGGGAUUGAUUUCGUGAAGAACAAGAGGGGAUUCCGUCGUGGGUUUUCCGGAAUUUUGUUUUAA